AUGUCAGUUUUGAAUGCUGACAAUUUGUUAUCUGUAUACAACAAAAAUAAAGAUUCUAUUGAUGUGCAGAUAAAUAAUAGUUUAAAAAUGGAAAUCCAACAAAAUCGCAAGAAAAUACUACCAAUUAUUAAAACUAUUAUUCUGUGUGGUCGUCAAGGAAUAGCCUUAAGAGGCCAUAGGGAUUCAGGACCAAUUGAUCUACAACACAACACUAAUGAUGGUAACUUUCGAGCUUUGUUAAGUUUUAGAGUUGAGGGGGGUGAUAAAGAGUUAGCUGACCAUUUAAAGAAUGCUCCUCGAAAUGCAUCAUAUCUUAGUGCAGACAUACAAAAUGAAAUAAUAGAUGUAUGUUUUGAUAUAAUUCUAAAACAAAUUGUGAACAGAGUAAAUAGUGCAAGAUGUUUUACAGUCUUAGCUGAUGAAACUACAGACAUUGCUGGUAUUGAACAAUUUUCCCUUUGUGCUAGAUAUUUAGACAAAACAAAAACGAUAAUGAGAGAAGAUUUUUUAAAAUUUGUUCCUGUUAGUGAUGUCACUGGAAAGGGAUUAGCGACUACUCUUCUGACAACUUUGGAAGAAAUCGGGAUUGAUAUGAAAUACCUACGUGGUCAAGGGUAUGAUGGGGCUGCAUCCAUGAGUGGACAAUUCAAUGGAGUCCAAGCUCAUAUUAUUAAACAUUACCCUCUCGCACAUUAUAUACACUGUAGUUCCCAUAGUCUCAAUUUGGCUAUUUCAGAUGCUUGUAGUAUUCAGUCAAUAAGAAAUUGUACUGGAACUAUUCAAAAAGUGUGUGUUUUUUUUAAAUACCCAAAAAAAAAAAAUGUAAUAUCUGAAUCAAUAGCACGUGUAUGUUCUUCGUCAACCCAUAGCCGUUUGAAACUGUUAUGUACAACAAGAUGGGUAGACAGACAUGACUCAAUAAUUAUUUUCCUCGAAUUAUUUGAUGCAAUAGUUGAUAGUUUAUCAGAAGUAUGUACUUGGCUUGAUAAGGAUGCUUCAUCAGGAGCAUACCAAUUGCUGUGUGCUAUAAGACAACCAGAAUUUAUAUUAGCAACUUAUAUACUGGGACAUGUGUUGAGUUUGAGUUUACCAUUAAGUAAGUUUCUUCAGACAAAGAAUAUAGAUCUAGUUGAAGCUAUUCAAACGGCUGACGAUGUACUAACAAGCAAAAAAACAGAUGCAAUGUCCAGAUCCGUAAUUGAAAAUUUUAACUUUAUUUUACCAUCGUCCAAUUAUGUAGAUAAUGAAGAAAAAAUUAAGCAGCUAGUUGAGAUGUAUCAAGGUGAUUUGGAUUGCAGUGUGUUAGCAGCUGUGAGUGAAAUUAAAAUUUGGCAACAAAAAUUUAUGGGAACCAAGGAUUUACCAAAAAAUGCUAUAGACGCUCUAAAAAAAU